AUGGUCGCGCUGUUCCCGAGCGGGUCGAUCCUGAUGCGCAUCCUCCACGGCCGGCUCGCCCUCUGGAUGCAUGCGCUGACGCAGCUCAUGGGCCUUGUCAUUCUCCUCGCGUGCGUCGGACUCGGCAUCCACCUGGUGCAGGAGGUGCAGGCGAGCGGGUUGGAUCUGUUCAAAGAGCCCUCGGUCAACUACCACCCCAUCAUCGGCCUCGUCGUGGCGGCGUGCCUGCUCCUGCAGCCGCCGCUGGGCCUCAUCCACCACGCCAAAUUCAAGAAGCUGCAGCGGCGGCAGAUCUGGUCGCACCUGCACAUGUUCAACGGCCGCCUCGCCAUCACGCUGGGCAUCGUCAACGGCGCCCUCGGCCUGUGGAUCGCGCACGCGUCGAGCAAGGUCAAGACGGCCUACGUCGCGGCGGCCGCCGCCAUGUGGGCCAUCUGGAUGCUCACGGCGCUGUGGUCGGAGUGGCGCCGCUGGCGGACGGCGGCGCAGGCGGAGCAGCGGAGGAAGAGCGCUGGCGCGGUGUCGUUUUGA